GAUACAUCUGUACGCCUUAGAGGGAGAUUUGCUACGCUAUCGUAAACACACCAAGAGACACAACAUGGUACCUUAAGCCGGCGUGAUUGCCACUGAUUUGAUGGACCUAUAGCCCUGGACACGUCAUACGAUCUUCCUUCACAUAACAACAUAGAUUGGGACUUGUUGUCGACCAAGCUGUGAUGGAGAAAGGAGAUGAUUUCCGAAUGACGGUAGAAGAUGACGCUAAAUGGCUGGAGUGGGCACAGAGACAGUUUGCUGCUAUUGCUGGCACUGAUCGUCUUAUUGAUUGGCAGGAAUUCAAACUGGCCCUCAAAGUCAAAAAGGAGUUUUUCGCCAAACGGUUCUUUGCGUUAUUCGACGCAGACAAUAGCGGUACCAUUAGUUUAGAUGAGCUGAUGGACGGACUGCGCAUGCUCACACAUGGAGAACCGGCCGAGAAACUUCGAUUCCUCUUCAAUGUUUAUGACGUAGACGGCAGUGGUCAGAUUGACCACGAAGAGCUUCGUACUGUCUUAGAGUCAUGUAUGGAAGAAAGUGCCUUACAGCUUAGUGCUAGCGUCUUAGAUGAUCUCACCGAUGCCUUGUUCGAAGCUGCGGACGAAGACGAUAGUGGAACCAUAUCAUUCGAAGAGUUGCGACAAGAACUGGAAAAAUACCCGGAUGUCAUGGAGAAUAUGACUAUUGGUGCUGCUGGCUGGCUGAAGCCCCCAGAAGAUGAGCCCAAAGCAGGUUUUAAAAUACCCAGGUAUCUGACGUGGAGAUACAUCAAUAAUAACGUACGCAAGGUUAUCUUCGUUGUUGCCUACUGCCUCGUCAAUGCAACAUUAUUCACAGAAACAGCUUACAGGUUUACUUCUAUUGGGAGCAAUUGGUGUUUAGUCAUCGCACGUGGAUGUGGUCAAUGUUUGAAUUUAAACGGUUCUCUGAUCCUAGUGUUAAUGCUUCGACAGACAUUAACAUUCGUCCGAUCAACGCGUGUAGCUCGACUCCUACCAAUUGAUCAACAUAUUAUAUUUCAUAAGACGGUUGGGUUGAUCAUUGCGGUGCUUAGCCUUAUCCACACCGUUGCACAUGUUGGAAAUGCAGUUAUCAUAACGGAACCUACAGGAGUUUUCAAUAACAACACCGCAUGGGAGGUUCUAUUCACACAGCCCCGUCUGACCGAUCUCGGCACGGUUAAACACAGUGCGUUCCUAACAGGCUGGCUCCUAGACGUCAUUCUAGUCGUCAUGGUCAUUUGUUCGUUGCCCUUUGUCCGGAGAUCUGGUAACUUCCAGGUGUUUUACUGGACCCAUCUGAUGUACAUAUUCUUUUGGGGUUUAAUGCUGAUCCAUGGUCCGAGGUUCUGGUAUUGGUUCGUCGUCCCGGGCAUUAUCUUCAUCCUGGAGAGAAUAAGCCAACUAAGGCUGGUGAGGCAGGCACAGUUUGGCAAGAUGUACGUGGAAAAGGCAGAUCUUAUGCCAUCAGGGGUGACCCAUCUUCAGAUAACGAGGCCGCCUCAUUUUGAUUAUGAACCGGGCGAUUAUCUUUUCAUUAACAUUCCUGAGGUUGCUAAGCAUGAAUGGCAUCCGUUUACUAUCAGCAGUGCACCAGAACAACCAGACACAAUUUCAAUGCACAUACGGUCAGCAGGCAACUGGACAAACAAACUUUACAGUUUUUACGACGAGCGUCAUCGCCGUAACCGGCAGCUUUCUGUCCGCAGUAAAUCGAAGCGAUCCAACGGCAGUACAUCGACAGAGAAGACCGGUGAUAUCGAGGCCAUGGGUGUGGUGGAAUUACCGCCAAGCCCAACCACGGAUUCCUUUCGGUAUCGGAUGGCGGGGGAUAAGAUGGACCGGCACCCGGUGACGAAGAGUAUGAGUUGGAGCGAUAAGAAUGGCAAAGUGGCUACUUAUGUGGAGGUUUUUGAUACUGGAAAGAAUCAUUCCAGUGUCAAGCACAAGAAACUAAAGAAGAAAAAACCACAGGACGACAGAGUUGAGGUAUUUAUCAAUGGUCCGUACGGGACAGCCACCAGGGCGAUAUUUCGCGCCGAGCAUGCCGUCCUAAUCGGAGCGGGUAUCGGCGUAACACCCUUCGCUUCCAUCCUACAAUCCAUCAUGCUACGAUGUAGGACCAACCAAAACACAUGUCCCAGCUGUGAACAUCAAUGGAUUGGCAGCGUACCAGAACAUGUUAUGAGAAUUAAAAAGGUUGAUUUCAUUUGGAUUAAUCGUAAUCAGAAGUCAUUUGAGUGGUUUGUUCGUCUGUUGACCCAACUCGAAGUUCAACAAGCUGACAUGUCAGAGAGAUUCCUCGACAUGCACAUGUUCAUGACGGCCGCUCUGGGCAAGACCGACAUGAAAGGUGUUGGCCUACAGAUGGCGCUAGAUAUUAUGCAUAGCAAAGGCAAUAAGGAUAUGAUCACAGGGUUGAAGACAAGGACGCAGCCGGGUAGACCAGACUGGGACAAGUUAUUUGCUGAAAUCGCUGCACAGAAGAAGGGCAAAGUGCAAGUAUUUUUCUGCGGAUCACCGAUUCUUGGGAAAACCAUCAAGGCAAUGUGCGAGAAGUACAAAUUUCAUUUCCACAAGGAGAACUUCUAGACGAUGUCCGAACAUUGAUACAUUUUCAUAUUUAGAGGUUGCAGAGAUAAGAGUUGCAGACACACUAUUUGAUAUGAUAUGGUGCUUAAUCACUAUAGUAGUGAAUUAACUAAACAUGAGAUGAAAGGCAAAUCAAAACUGAAUUUGAGCCCAAGGCCCCUGACACUCCGGGCAGAUGCUCUUACCAACUGAGCUAUGAGGCGCAUGGUAUACUCCCUCGGGUUUCCCUAAGAACCACAUUUUCCUCUCUCGGUGUUGCAUGGGUGUGCAACAGGGGAAAGUAACAAACACAAUAAUUUGGUAUGGUGCCUAAAUCACCAUAGAAGUGAAAUAUCCAAACAUGAUGUGAGAGAAAAAUCAAAUGGUUUGAACCCAAGACCCCGAGACGCUCUACCAACUGAGCUAUGAGACACAGCGGUAUACUCCCUCAGGUUUUCCCUAAGAAAGACAUUUUCCUCUCUCGGUGUUGCAUGGAUGCGCAACUGAGCAAAGUAACAAACACUUGGUUUAGUGGCUUAUCACCAUAUAAGUGAAGUAUCAAAACAUGGGAUGAGAGAAACAUUAAAUCGUCCUCAUUGGGAUUUGAACCCAUGGUUAGAGGAUUAGAAUUAAAGACGACAGGUAAACAAAAACAAAAACCAUGAGCACAUAAUAGCCUACUACAACAGUAACUACAACACAGUCGUGACAACGUCAUGCUUUAAAUGCAGUGGACACUAUUGGUAAUUACUCAAAAUAAGUAUUAGCAUAAAACCUUACUCAGU